AUGCCUUUCAAGUCACCGUACCCGCGCCUCGAUAUCCCGCGAACCGAUAUACUAACGUACCUCUUUCCGCCAAACACGACUCCUUCUGAUACACCGUUAUGGCUCGAUUCCAGCAACCCACGGCAUUCUCUCAGUCCGAGACAGCUUCUGCUCUGGGUCAAGAGGCUCGCCGUGGGCUUGGAUAAGAUUGGCGUGAAGUCUGGAGAAGUGGUUAUGAUACACACGCCAAAUCACAUCUUUGUGCCGGUUGCGUAUCUGGGCAUUGUAGGUUCAGGGCGGGUUUUCAGCGGAGCAAACCCCGUAUACACCGCUUCAGAAAUGGUGCAUCAAAUAAAAACUACGGGUGCGACAGUCAUACUGUCCCAUCCAACCCUAGCGAAGACAGCCGUCGCCGCUGCUCAAAAAGCGGGACUGCCUGAGGGCCACGUAUUCCUGUUCUCGGACGAAGAGAAUGCUCCCAUGGAUGGUGUCAAGGACUGGCGAAGUAUGCUUGGAACGGCGGAAGAAGGCGAGAGAUACUCAUGGCAUCGCAUGUCCGAGGAAGAAGCUUUGCAAACAGUAGCAACCGUGAAUUUCUCGUCAGGCACUACUGGGUUACCGAAGGGCGUUAGUAUCAGCCACGCGAACCUAAUUGCGAAUAUCGAGCAGACCAUCGUUAUGCGCUACGAUCGGAGACCCUAUGGAGCCCACAACAAGCCACCCGAACGCUGGAUUGGAUUUCUGCCACUCUACCAUGCUUAUGGCCAAUGCUAUACAAUCCUCAUGAACGUCAAGCUACAGGUGCCCGUGUACGUUAUGAAGGCGUUCGUCUACGAAGACUUUCUCCGUGUGAUCCAGACAUACAAGAUCACUGAUCUACAAGUGGCGCCGCCGAUAUUGGUAAUGCUGGACAAACGGCCGGAGACCGUGAAGUACGAUUUAAGCAGCGUCAAGCACAUUCUUUGCGGCGCAGCACCGCUAUCUAAGGAGCUCCAGAACAGUGUAUCAAGAAGGUUCAACGUCGUCGUCUGCCAAGGCUGGGGUAUGACAGAGGUUACAUGCAGUGGUCAUCAUGUUCCUGGAGGUAUAGAUGAUGAUUCCGGCAGUGUUGGCUUGCUCAAUCCAAACACUGAGUGCAUGCUGUUAGACGACGAUGGCAAAGAGGUGGCUCCAGGUCAGCCUGGCGAGAUGUACGUUCGUGGCCCACAGGUCUGCCUUGGAUAUUGGAGAAACGAGCAAGCGACGAAGGAGGCUCUCAGCCCUGACGGGUGGUUAAAGACGGGCGAUGUUGCUGUCGUCAAGAAUGACUGGUUCUGGAUUGUUGACCGCAAAAAGGAGUUGAUCAAAGUGAAUGCCUUGCAAGUCGCACCUGCCGAGCUCGAGGCUGUAUUACUUGAACAUGACGAGGUAGCGGACGCAGCCGUUUGCGGCAUCACACUGCACGGUGAGGAGUGGCCCAGAGCUUACAUCCACCUGAAGGACACCGCUAAAGGCAGCCUCACGGAAGAGAGGAUACACGCAUGGAUGAAGGAGAAAGUUGCUAAGCACAAGCAACUAGUCGGUGGGAUCAUGUUUGUCGACGAAGUACCGAAGCUUGCCAGCGGGAAGAUCAUGCGUAAAAUCAUUAGGGAAUGGGCCAAACGCGAUGCAGUGGCACUCGAGGGCAAAGUCAAAGCCAGGCUGUGA